UGGAGAAGAGGGAGAAGUCAGGCUACAAAAAGUACAUAAAUAUGCUUUCUAAGGUAUUUACUUUCAACAAAGCCUCAGAAGAAAGCAAAUAGUAGCUCUACUGAAAGUGAGGAGGAGUCCAGCGAAGACAAAAUAUGGGAGAUGAGCUCCCCCUACCUCGAAUCAGAUGCCUCAAAAGUACUCACUCUGGAUUUAUCCUACCUUCUCAAAGAUGGCAAUCUCAAGGGGAUUGAUAAGGAAGAAACCCAGAUUGAGAUAAAAUUAUUUGAUGAUUGCCUCACCACAGGCUGGCUAGUCUGAGAAGUUAUGAGGAAAUAUACAGACUUCAUUCAAGAACUUGAGAACAAAACAGGGAGUAAAUUGAAAAAGAAAUUAGUAGUUGCCAUUAAGGUAUAUGAGGACUAUAAUAGCUCAGAUGAGCAAGGAAGCCUAGCGGUUUAUAACGAAUCACUCAAUUAUUGGGUAACACAAGUUGAAAGGUCCUUAGAGCCAUUGCAAACAGGUCAACGGAUAGUUCCUCAUUUCUCUAAGUAUCUCCCAAACCGAAAGAAGCCCAUUUGUUUGAACGAUUUCAUACUUGAGAAAGUUAUUGGAAAAGGCGGAUUCUCAAAGGUUUUUCUAGUACGCAAGAAAUCAUCUGGCUUCAUGUAUGCAAUGAAAGUUCUUGAUAAAAAUAUGGCCACCGAUCAGCGAAAGCUGAAGCAAAUUGAGAAUGAGAGGAAAAUAAUGCAAAUCACUAAUCAUCCAUUUAUAGUUAAGCUAUACUGGGCCUUUCAGACUUACACGACAUUAAAUUUCGUUAUGGACUUAUGCGUUGGCGGUGAAUUAUUCUAUCAGCUCAAAUUACAUCGAAGACUAGAUGAGUUUAAAGCAAAAUUUUAUAUAAUUGAACUCAUCUUAGCAUUUGAGUACCUCCACUCCAAAAAUAUAGUGUACAGAGACCUAAAGCCAGAGAAUGUUUUAAUCGACAUUGAUGGGCAUAUAAAAUUAGCAGAUUUUGGGCUUUCGAAACAGUUGAAGACAAGCCACUCAAGAUCCUUCUGUGGUUCUCCAGAAUAUAUGAGUCCUGAAAUGUUGAGAGGAGAGUCUCAUGAUCUUAGACUCGAUCUCUACUGUCUUGGGGCUCUAUUAUUCGAGAUGCUCACUGGUCUUCCUCCUCAUUACAAUCAGGACACAAAUAAAAUGUACCAAGGGAUUUUAGAAAAUAGAAUAGAAUUUCCUUUCUACGUUCCAAUAGAAGCAUGAGAUUUGAUGGAAAAACUUCUGCAAAAAUCGUGAUCAGAUAGGCCUCAAAGUAUUGAAGAAGUAAAAUAAUCAUGAAUAUUUUAAUCAUGUAAACUGGGAUGAUUAUUUCAACAAAAGAAUUGAAGUUCCAUGGAAGCCAAACCUCAUUGACUCUAAUUUUGAUUCGGAAUAUACCUCUCUUCCGAUAAACUUCAAUGAUUUCGGAUUAGAUCCAAAGAACGAUUCAAGAAGAGGGAAAGAAUUUUGGGUGGAAGGCCUCUCAGAUGCACAGUUAGAGUCAUAUUCCUCAUCAAAAACAGUCACUGAGCAGAGUUUUUCCCAGUCUUAUCUUGAACAAGACAUCUCUCUCCAGAAUGCAGAGUUUAUGAUCCCAAAAGACUUAUCAGGAGUGGAGAAUGAUUACCCACGAAAUAGAGGGGAUAGCUCAAUGAAUUUUAGCAGGAUCAGUAACAACGUUGAGAAAUCUCAAGGGAUCAUUAAGGUCAAGAGAUUUUCCUACCAGCUUGAGCCAGAACAAGAGAAGGAAGUCCACAGACAAAUCAAUCAAUACUUGAAGGCUAAGAGGACUAAAGCUUAUAUGAAUGAAGCUGCCACACCCGAGCUCCGUCUUGUUUCUGAGCAAAAGCUCAGUGAAGUUUUUGAAAAUAACGAGUUUGGAAAUAAUUCUGAGCAAAAUUCAGUGAAUACGAGCGACCAGAUCACUAUGGUCAAGAGAUCUAAGACAACUGUGGUGAAUUUUGACAACCAAGAAGAGGUUAAAAUUGAAUAUAAUCUCCAUGAUGAAUCUGUCCAAUCAAUAGCACAAGAAUUUAUAGAUAUUGAUACUGAAUCAAUUAAUACAAUUGGAAAAGUUAGGCAUAAGCCUUGAAAGAUAAACCUCCCUACUCCUUAUAAAAAGCCGAGUGUUGGUGAAAAGAAGACAAGCCAAUUGAUCAAUCCUUUGGCCCUCUAUCCAAGCAAGAGUGUGUCAAAACCAAACAAAAAGAUUGAUAAAGCCUUCGAUAAGUCAAACUUCUGUGAAAAUGAGAGCACUAGGACUGAUAAUAAGCAUCAAGUUGAGUCAUUCUCAAGUCAAAAAUACAUAAAAUCUGCUAAAAAUAGUUGAUAUUCAUCGAAAAAACCGAAGAGCAGGAAAAUCUUUAAAGUUGAGAGGACUUAUUCCAACCAAGUCUCACCGGCAAUGAAAAAGACGAACUCAAAUUAUUAUGAAUGAUCGAGGAAGAUCAGUCAGAAGAGUACUCUCAGCUCAUCCCUGAUAAAGUUCAAGAAGAACAAGAGGCAGUCAGAAAAGUUUGAGUGAAGGAAAAAUUAUGAAAAAUUGAUUCUUUAAUCUAACCUCCA